AUGUUUUGUUUAUUCGUCAGUAUUUGGCAUAAAUUCAAUGACAAAGAUAAUUACGGAUUAGCCGCUCUUCAUAAUGCAGCAAAAUAUAAUAAUAAAGAAACAGCAGCACUUCUUCUUUCAAAUCAUGCAAAAAUCAACGAAAAAGAUAAAAAGGAAAAAACAACUCUUCAUUAUGCUGCAGAAUUUAAUAAUCAAGAAACAGUAGAGCUGCUUCUUUCAAAUCAUGCAAAAAUCAACGAAAAAGAUAAAAAGGAAAAAACAACUCUUCAUUAUGCUGCAGAAUUUAAUAAUCAAGAAACAGUAGAGCUGCUUCUUUCAAAUCAUGCAAAAAUCAACGAAAAAGAUAAAAAGGAAAAAACAACUCUUCAUUAUGUCGCAGAAUAUAAUAAUAAAGAAACCACAGAAAUUCUUCUUUCAUAUGGUGCAAAAGUCAACGAAUAUGAUAAUUCGGAAGUCACAUCUCUUAAUAAUGCAGCAAAAUAUAAUAAUAAAGAAACAGUAGAACUGCUUCUUUCGCACGGUGCAAAAGUCAAUUGGGCAGUGAACUUUGCUCAAAAAGAAAUGGUAUAA